AUGGCGACAACAGCUCAGUAUAUUCCGAGGAAUAACUCCUUACCGUCCAACCCGCUCAUGCAUCCGGAUUCGGAUAGGAUGCAUCAGGGGACGACCUACAGAGAGGUGCAGAAAAUGAUGCACCACGAGUACUUGCAAGGGCUAGCGGCUACCAACACGGGACACCCGAUGAGCCUGACGCACCACCAGUGGCUGCCCACCUCCAACACCGACUGGUCCAGCGGCACCCACAUCGGACAGCAGGAGCACAAAGCCACCGUGCAGACGAGGGAGGACCUGAGCAGCGGCUUCCACCACAGAUCUCACCUGGUGCACCAGCAGACGCAGAGUGCCCACCAUGGUUCGUGGGCACCCACCACAACGCACCACUUAUCCCCGCUUCCCCCUGCAUCCAACGGUCACCAGUCUCUGGUGUACUCGCAGCCUGGAUACACAAACCUUAACGCCAUGCUGAGUCCCCAGCCCGGCACCUUGCACCAUGGCAUGCGGGACACGCUCCACGACGACUCGGGCAGCCACGACAACCAGAUGGAGUCGCCCCAGCAGGCGUUCAGCCAUCACCAGGACCAGGACGAGGACGCGCCCAGCUCCGACGACCUGGAGCAGUUCGCCAAGCAGUUCAAGCAGCGGCGGAUCAAACUGGGCUUUACGCAGGCAGACGUGGGCUUGGCCUUAGGCACCCUGUAUGGAAACGUCUUUUCUCAGACCACAAUCUGCAGGUUUGAGGCGCUGCAGCUCAGCUUCAAGAACAUGUGCAAACUUAAGCCGCUCCUAAACAAGUGGCUGGAGGAGACAGACUCUAACACAGGCAGUCCCACCAAUUUGGACAAGAUUGCUGCGCAGGGCAGGAAAAGAAAGAAGAGGACCUCCAUUGAAGUGGGGGUGAAAGGGGCGCUGGAAAAUCAUUUCUUAAAAUGCCCAAAGCCGUCAGCUCAUGAAAUCACCAGUUUGGCCAACUCUCUGCAGUUGGAAAAAGAGGUUGUGCGCGUUUGGUUUUGCAACAGAAGACAAAAAGAGAAAAGAAUGACACCAAUUGGGAUCCCUCACCCGAAUAUGGAGGACGUAUAUUCCCAAGCAGAGACCCCUCCUCUACACCGCACACUACAGAGUCCUGUACAGUGACUAUUUUCAUGAACAAUCCGAUAAUAACCGCGGGGGGAUAGGAAAGGGACUAUGGAGUUUACAGUAUUUAAGUUUGGCUUUUGUUUUCCUGAGAGAAAAGAGACAUGGAAAAGUUGAACAGAUGAGUUUUGUCCUUAGUAUUCGGAGAUCGUCAUGUCCAACAAAUAGAUGGCAAGAGUGAAAAUGUUAAGAAGAAAAAAAAAUCAAGAAAAAAAGACAAAAAAAUAUUCGCUAUACUGAUUCCGUGCGUAUUUAAAGUGAAACAAAGAUCUUUAUUUACCAAAUUAUAUGGAGGAGAAGGCAUAUAAAGUAAAUUUGAUAUCCCAUGGCUGUUUCAAAUGGGGAUUAAUUUAAUGUGGCAACUGAGGCCAUCUCCUCCUGGUGUUACAUGAACUGUUGGCGCUCACCAGAAUGAGGUGGUUGCCUGAAAAGGAUCAACACUGGAGACGAA